UUCUUCCACCUUCCUCUCAUCUCUGGAAGCUCCAUCCCUAUUGGAAUAGGCAGCAAUUAUUCCAAUCUCUAUGAACAGAGCAUUCUGCCUUGUAAAAAAGAAGAACUACAGUGUGGUAAUGGACUCUGCCUCUUAAACUGGCUACGCUGUCAGUAUAAGAAGGACUGUGGCAGAGACUACAUGUCCAUCAAACUAACAUGUUCAAAAGUUCACUUGAACCAAAGCAGCCCAAUCAGUGAAUUUCCCAGCUACAGUGAAAAUGGAAAUGAUCCCAGUCUACUUGUUUCACCCCUUCUGGUGGCUGGAGUGGUGAUUGGACUUGUGCUAUUUCUAUCCUGUGUUACAAUCAUUGUCGGCAGUCUGCGAAAGGAUGGACGGUUAAGACAGCCACAUCUGAGGAGAGAUGCUAGUUACGCUCCAGAUGGCUUCUCCUACGGUGGCUCAUUUGGAGAGCUGAGAUCCACCUGCAUGGAGGAGUUCCCCCCAGCUUUUGAUUUUGGUUCCUAUUUGGAGACACUUUCUCAGGUCAACAUCAUGUAUCCUGAUUCACCUCCUUGCUAUGAUGAGUGUGUGGGGCCAGGAGCAACACAGAUAUAUAUUCCUACAGAUGAUCCCCCCCCAUAUUCUCUUAUGGACCCUUGUCAAAGAAAUGAAAUAUCUAUAAACAUUAGCCUGGACGAGGAGGCAGCAUCUGGGACUACAGAACAGGCUGCGAAUUAUGCAGUCAGACUGCAGGACUUGCAGCAGCCUAUUUCAUCCAUCUCUUUGUCAUCUCUUACUUUGGAGGCUGCUCCCCUGUAUGAGACGGUGGUGUGUGAACAGAAUAUUCCCAUUCCACUGGUUCCAAUGGAUGUACUGAAAAAUUCCUCCACUGACUAUCAGACCCUUCUGAACCAAAUCAUGUGAAUAAAAGUGACUUUUCCCUUCCAUUCUUCUGAAGGACUAGACUGAGAAAAACAUUUAAAUGGAAGAAUAUAACCUCUGAAAGUUUUAUCUAUUUUAUAUCUUUAAACAGGGAUGUAAUGGGAUUUUUUUAAUUUUUACAGCAAAUUUUGAAAGUUUAUCCAAACUUCCCUCUUUGUGCUUCGAAGUGUUCCCAUCCCACAGCAUAAAACAGCAGAAAUGACAAGCAGCGCAUCUGACCUUUUUGAAGCAUUCCAAAACACAUUGAAAUCAGCAACUCUUAAUGUAGAUACAGGUUAUCCAGUCAAGCCCACCUGUUGAUUUUAUACUUUGCAUGUUGCAAAGCAAAAGGAAAAAGAAGAGCAUUUUGUUGUCUUUGUAAGCAUCACUAGUACAUUACAUUAAAUAUCUUGGCAACAAGAGAGAAGCACUUUAAAACAAUUCUUUGUCUAAGUAUUUCAGUAGCCAGAGACAGAAUACCGCCUGCAAAACGUAAGUACCACAUAAGAACAAAAGAAAAAGGAAGAUCUUAAUUUGAUGUUCAAAUCUUCCUUUGUAUUGUCUGGUCAGCACCAGACCUUCCAGACCAUUCCAAAGCCUGCUGCAAGUUUUCCUCAAAAGAAAACAAUGGCAAGCAAUGGAGAGGUGGCAAUGGAUCCCCAAAAUCUAUUUGGCUUUCCCCACAAAGGCCAUGCUUCCACUGUAUGCAGGCUUGGUAGCCAUACACCCUUCAUGGUGAUUUGACACAGCCAGGGGAAGGGCUGUAUCUGAAAUCCCAGAUGAUGUUUCAUGCUGAUUCUCAUCGUGCAUGACUGCAUUUUCAGGCAUCAACUGAUCUCUUUCUUCAGUAAGAAGCCUAUAGUGUUACUAAGGACCUUGACAAAGGUUCCCUCUAGUAAUUGCAAAAGUGUGACAUAAAUAAUAGAUGCUGAACCUGGCAUGCCCAGUAACAGAGAAUUUCCCUUUGUGCAGAAACUCCUUUUAUUAGACAGGAUCUGUUUUACUCAGAUUUUGCUACCUGUAAAUCUAGCACCUGUUCAUAGACCUGGACUCCUUGCACAUUCAUUUGAUAAACGCAUAAAAAUUGGAGAUGCAUACAAGCAGGAACAGCAGAGGGAAACUGCAGACAUGAGAGCUUAACCUUGCAUGGUGCACAAGCACACUGUCUCCACAUAAGCACUAAACCACAUUCUCAGCCAGUGUCAGUUAGCAGAGUUGCCAGGUUCAUCUGCAUCAAAUCCCUUAGAGGUAUUUUCACGGAAAAAAAUUGUUUCAUUUUUACACUAAUAGAAUGGACUUCAGUUUAUUACCCCCCACUGAAGGAUAUGUAAAAAGGAAUAUGGUAAAUAUUAUAACUGUAUUUAAAAGGAAGCAUCAUCCAAACUAAUAAAAUUGCACCUAGGUUUUCUGCAGAUACUAAAUAAUUUUCUACUGUAAUCAUCACUCAAUACUCCAAGAUUGACACAAUUAUAAUACCUAGAUGGGAAGUAAUUAUAUGGUUCUUACUGCUAUGUAAGUUUUAUUAUUAUUGAGUCAUAUGCACGUGAAAGGAUAAGGUAAGUUUGCAUUUUUUGCUGAGUAGAUAAGGGUUGAUAUGCAUUUUGCUAACAGAGAAUUCUUUCACAGUUCAGCAAGAUUUUCAGCGUUCCCAGUAUACUAUAUCCAAAGCAACAAAAAUUCACAAUUUCACAUUGAAAAAAACUGCUAGUAGGCAUUGCCAGCAUGAAAGCUAUAUUUCACAUUUGGAUUUUGUAAGAGACAGAACUAUUAGCCUGCAUAAAUUUCCAAUUUCCAGUUGAAACAGCUGUGCUGGAUACAAGGUACCAGAGAGGGACAAAACUCUACAGGAUUGUAUUAGGGCCAGAAAAGAAAACCAAUGUAGAAGCAUUCUAGUCAGUUUUAUUGGUACAGAAAUAUAAUGAGAAGCAAAGCAGAGAGGUUUGCUUAUGCAGAAUAGGACCUGCUGUCAUAGCUGUGUCUUCCUGCAGCCCUUGCAGACCUGCCUAGAGCAGGGAUGAGGCACUGGGACGAGGCCCUACUUUCCUGGGACUGCUAUGCGGAAAAGGGAUGCAGAGGUGGGGGGC